AUGGUAAGGUUCUUAAAAAAUUGCCGUAAAUUUUACUUACAUAUCUUUGCGUUUAUUUCCCUUUCGCUAAAACCGAGUGCAAGUGGCCCCGUCUCAAGUCCAGAAAUUUCUGGUAAAUCGAAUGUUGCAAUCAAUAAUCAAAAUCAAUUGCAAACGCAAAAUCCGUCUAAGUCCUUGAAUCAAGACGUACAGUUGCAUUCGCUAAAUGUCUACGCAACCAAUUAUGAUAUGAUAUCGAAUGCGUCACCGGCGAAUCCUCAGAAUGGCCCGUUUGAUACAUCCUUUAAGCCGUCAUUUAAAUUACCGGAAAUGGAGCACAAUUUUACGCCCUUACAGAAUGCUCAUCAUCAUCAUCAUCCUCAUCAUCAUCAGCCUCAACAACUGAACGUUCCUGUGGCCACUUCUUCGCCAGUAUUAAUGCAAUAUUUACCUCAUGCAGUUAAUGGAGACAAUGGUAUUCAAUAUUUGCAGUUGAUUCCUACGCGACCCUUAAUAGUGCCCAUCAGUCCAUUUUUAACAUCUCAAAAUAAUUAUGCGCCGCCGCCUGCUUUAACCCAAGGUAACAGCAAUAUAGAAUAUGCCGCAGCACGAUCCCCAUCCAUUUUGAACGGCAUACCAGCUAAUAUCCCUACACCUACGCCUGUUCCUACACCGAUAAUUGAUGUUCCUCACGCCCCCCAAAUGCCAUAUGGCUUAGCCACAUAUGCCGCUGCCAUUACACCGUACAAACAAACUUAUCGCAUUAAUCGUGAAACUAAAGAUAACAAUCAACAAACAAUUCCGUUCAGUUUAAAUCUUAACGAGUACAUACCGAACCAGAAAACUACUUACACCAUAAUAAGUAGAGGAAGACCUUAA